AUGUCCAAUGACCUCAGAUUUGUAUACGCGCUUAUUGUUGCCAUCAACACCAACUUCCAUCUGAAGAGACGGGCGGUAUCAAACAAUGCUCGGGAUCCUGGGCUAAUGUCAGGACAAAGAAUACUGAGAGUUCGUGUUGAAGUAUGCAGACUAAGAAGAUCCAUGGCACAUGCAAACACAAAGUUCAACUGUGGAUAUACUACAACCGGUGUCAGCUUGGCGCUCUGCGCUUGUCAUGGUAUGAUAUUGCCGAACGGCGUUGGAGAUCUGCAAAAGGGUGAGAGAUACUGCAACAUGGAUUUCAUCAGUAUGUCUGUGCUCAGUUUAUUCAGCAAGCGUGGCCUGACAGUCUUAUCAUACAACAUUGCCUGUCAGUGGGAACAAUUCAUUCGUGGCCAUAUUGUGCACCGCAACUUCCUGAUGCAUCUCUGUAUUGAGCUGCUGACCACAAACAAUCUCCGCUUCGUUAUCCCCAAGUACCAUUUCUGGGGACACAAAGGCAAGGACCACAGCAGAUACUUGCUCAACCUAGUGCGCGGCAUUGGACAUACCGACAGUGAAGAGGUCGAGCGCAAUUGGUGGUGGCACAACGCGACAGUGGCAAGUACCCACGAAAUGGGCUCUGGAUCAUGGCACGACACAUUUGAGGAUCACUUUCAGUGGUCAAAUUUUGAAAAAUUUGUUGGCAUGGGGCGCACUCUAGCCAGGAAGCUCAAGUGUGCCCUCCGUGGCUAUGCUUUCCAUGACAGGCUAUGGAAGCAGUUCUCCGAAGAUAUUCCAACGGCAGACAUGAAGCGAUGGGUGGGUGAAGUGGCAGCAUGGGAGACCAAUAUGUCCAGGGAUGACCCGUAUCAUCUUGAGCCUUCAGGUCUGACCAAGACCCAAAUCAAGGCACAGCUAGCCGAAGAAGAGGAUACUGAAGCUGUGAAGGGAAACACGAGCCUGCACAAGGUGACCUCGUCAUCAAUGGUGGUCGAGCUCCUUGGGAUUGAGGACUUACAGCAUCGCUUCCUCCUCAAGUACCCCAUCGUAACCAAGGAGACAUGCUCCUUAGUCCUCAACAUUGUCGAUAGAUGGGCCGUCAUCCGCCGAUGUCUGCAAGCCACUCAUGAAAUACAGGCUGUGUAUAUGCCUUCCGUGCUGAAGCUCGUCGCAAGCGAUGCCCAGCACUCUGGGUCAUCCAUGCCAAGCUCUAUGCCAGCUUCCGAAUUGGCAGCACGGAACACAAGGAUUACAAUCGGCGAUGUUAACGGCAACCCUGAACAUCAGCGACUGUUCCUACCAAGCAAGCUGGCUGAUGAAGACCUCGAAGCUUGUGUGGCGGGGUUGGCUCCCAUUGAAGACUGUCUCCGUGAGGGCCAGAUGCGAAGUGCGCUGGACAGUCUGCAUGUGCAGUUGCAUGUGAGGUCCAGACUGAUCGCCUUCAAGGCCCGAAACUCUCAAGGUCAGCGCGAGAACCUGCGAUUGAUCCAGAAAAUUGAGGCGUGUGAAGCAAAGAUCAAAGUCUUGGUCGCUAAAUAUCGACGUGCGCAUGUGGCGAAGGUGGCAUUAGUGGGCCCCGGUCUGUGGAAGGAUGAAUGGCCUCUUCUCAAGGAUCGUGAUGUGUGCGGGCUGUCGGAAAUGGAACCACAAGUUGACGGGGAUGACGAGCCUUUGAGCCGACAUCGCCAGAAUACAGAAGGGUCUCACGUACUCUCCUGGAUCUGGCUCAACAUCUGCUGGCAGCAAACAUUGGGGCCUAGUGGGACACCAAGAAUGACCGAAGCACUAUGCGUCGAAUGGCUCCGUGCUCGCAGCAGAGUCAUGCGGUUCAAAGAAGAAAUACUCUACCUGCACGAGGAGCAUAGGUGA